UGCUCGAGGGCGUGGCCGCGCAAGCCCAGCGUUCGGGGGCGGGGCCUGGCGGCCGGGCGGGGCUCGCGGUCGGUGUCCGCUCCAGUCGCCGAGGUCCCAGUGAGCGUGUCCGGCCAUGGAGCAGCCGCGGAAGGCGGUGGUGGUGACCGGGUUUGGGCCUUUUGGGGAGCACACUGUGAAUGCCAGCUGGAUCGCUGUUCAGGAACUGGAGAAACUGGGCCUUGGGGACAGCGUGGACCUGCACGUGUAUGAAAUCCCUGUAGAAUACCAGACAGUCCAAAGGCUCAUCCCUGCGCUGUGGGAGAAACACAGCCCCCAGCUCGUGGUACAUGUUGGGGUGUCGGGCAUGGCCACCACGGUGACCCUGGAGAAAUGUGGGCACAACAAGGGCUACAAAGGACUGGAUAAUUGCCGGUUCUGCCCCGGCUCGCAGUGCUGUGUGGAGGACGGUCCUGAGAGCAUCGACUCCAUUAUUGACAUGGAUGCUGUGUGCAAAAGGGUGACCAUGCUGGGACUGGAUGUGUCUGUCACCAUCUCCCAGGAUGCUGGCAGGUACCUGUGUGACUUCACCUACUACACCUCGCUCUACCAAGGCCGUGGCCGGUCAGCUUUCGUCCACGUGCCCCCACUGGGCAAGCCCUACAAUGCCGACCAGCUAGGCCGGGCUCUGAGGGCCAUCAUUGAGGAGAUGCUGGGUGUUCUGGAGCAGGUGGAAGAGGACAUCAGCUGCUGUCACCAGCACUGACAGCCACACACACCCAGCGCUCUGAGAGGAGGUCCUGGCUCACACAUCCUCUCCUCGCCUUGGUGGACCGCAAGGCAGUGGAUGAAGCUGUCUGGAGACACAGCUGCUGUCCCCAGAGGCCAAGGCUGGGACCAGGGCGAGAUGGCCACAGGCUGGUGGCCUGAACACCUGCCAUGCCGCUGCCUGGCCCAGCACACUUUGCUUUCCAGGGGCUGUGGACAGGAGUCAGAGCUGUCUCUCUGGUGGGGUCUCACCAAGUGUUAGAAAGGAGUUGGCGCUAAUCCAUGUCCCUAAGCCCUGGAUGGUCCCUGGGAAGCCACUGGAACUUGGCCUUUUCUGUCCCCCUCCCCCUCAGUCUCUCCUCACUCUCCUUUCCCUUUCUCCUCCUCCUCCCCCUCCAGUGCUAGAUUAGGGAGCAGAAUAAUUUAUAUCCCCAUUGUUAAAACUUCAGGCUUAAUCAACAAGUGUCUUUCUGUCUCCUGGGGUGUGAGGCCUCUUUUGCCUCCUGUCCUGAAAAUGCCAUCAUUCUUUGGGUCUCCAUAGUGGGUUCCCUUUGCUGUCGCCACCAAGGGCCUGGCCCUUCCCUGGCCGCACUGACCGGGCCAUGACCUUUUCUUUUCUUGUUUUAUUUUUGAUUUUUCAGAGGGGUUUGUUGUCAUUUUUUUUUAAGUCAGGUUCUCAGGUUGCCCAGGCUGGCCCUUUGACCUUACUAGGUAACCCAGUUUAGUCUCAUUUGAACUCCUCAUUCUCCUGCCUCAGCUUCCUAAGUGCUGGGAGAAUAAGGGUUUGGCAUCUCCCAGCGUCAGUGGAUAAACAGAUUCUCGUGUCCCCUGAGGGACCUGGCACCAGAGGCUGCGGUGCCCGGGCAUGUUCCUACAUGCUGUAUCAGUCACUGGGACAUCUGUGACCUGUCUGGUGUGCCUGGGACUCCAGCCAGCCUUUGAACUUCAGGCCUGGAGGAGGGGCAGCUGGGACCUGUGGCCUGGACUCCAUUCAAGACAAAGUGCAGCUCCUGCCACCAGAAGCCACAUACAUUCUGGAUGCCACCUUAUAUUUUGUGAGGGAAUGGUGAUCAGAUGAACCUGGAUUCUGGGGUCCUGCUCAUGCUGCACCGUUUUAUUGUUUGAGACGGGGGUCUCAUUAGCCCAGCCUGAACUCCAGCUCACUGUGUAGCUGAGGCUGACCUUGAACUCUCUACAUUCCUGCCUUGGCCUGCCCAGUGCUGGGCCAAUGGCUGUCUGCUGGGCCUAGCUACUUUUCAGCUCAGAUGUUCCUUGUUCUGGCGUGAUUUCCUCAGGUCAUCUUCCUUGCUCACCCUGUGUCUGCGGAACAUUCCUGGCUCCAGGCGUCUUGGGUGAGGGUCCCCUGGGGAGAGUAGCCUGCCGUUCUGGCGCUCUCUCCCUGGGGACCCAGGACUUUGGGACAUUGUGUAGACCAGGCUGGACUUGCACUUCUGAUCCUCCUGCCUCAGCACCACUGUCCUGGUGUCUGUUCCCAGUGACUUUAUUUGGCUUUUGUAUUUUGAAACAGGGUUCUCUUCCUGAACUCUGUAGCUCAGGCUGGCCCUCCAACUUGUGGCAAUCCUCCUGUCUCCUGGCAAGUCUUCAGCUGGGCUCCAGGCUGCAUUCCACUAUUAAACUCCCUAAAGGUUCAGACAGGACCCAGGAGAGGGGUCGGGGACUGGGGAGGGUGCCACCAUGUGCCCCGAAGCCAUGUCUUCACCCAUCUUGCCUCACCUGUGUUCAAGCAGGACCCCCCCCUCUGGCCACCCCAGUGGUGUGCCUGUCAUUUUGUAGAUGCUACUGUUGAGCUGAGGGACUGAUAUUUAUUUAGGCACCCCCUGUCCUGGGCCCAAGAACCUUGGUGGGUGGGGCUCAGGGGGUUGGUACUUGCCAGGUGGAGGCCUAGCCUGGCCACAUUUGACCCCUAAGGACCAGGUCAUCCCCAACCCUGCUGCUCCCAGCAGAGCCUGAGGUGGGGGCGCCUGGACUUCACAGGUGCUGUGAUGAAGUAGAAAGCACCAGGCUGGAGAAGAAGUAAUGUUGGCAUAGAUUGGAAGCUGGGGACAUGAGUAGGGACAGUGAUGGUGGCGUCUGGACUCUCAACCCGAGAAAGUGAUUUACACUGUCAGCUUGGACGUGGGAACGUAGCUUGUGGAUUGAGAUGCUGUGCCCAGGGCAGGCUCCAGAGCGGGCAGCCGAGGUUGGAUGACUACUGUAGUACCCAGAUCUUUCUGAGUUUUUUUGUGGUUUGAGACAGGGUAUUGUGUAGGCCAGGCUGGCCUCACGCUCACUGCGUAGCUGAGAAUGACCCUGACCUCUGCCUCUACAGCUCAGGACGACAGGUGGAAGCCACCAUGCCUGACUUGCUGGUCUUUGAAGUUAUACUGAUACUAUCAGCUAAACAGGGAAUCUCAUGUUCUACUCUGCUCAUGACUGGCAUGGAAGCCUCCAGAAAACGGUGGGCUCCUGAGGCUGAAGGAGGCUGGGAGCCAGGCCAGCUGCUGUGUACACAGGCUGCUUGUGCCUCACCCCGUGGGUGACCUCGCUGUGUGCGAGGAAAGGCCUCCCCAUCCCCCCCACUGUCUAGACAGCUCACCUUCGACCUUCCUACCCCAUGGAGAAUCUUAGCCCAGAAGUCCCCUCUGGGAACGGAAAUACAAAGCCAUUUCUGUCUUAGCACAGUCCCUGUGGGGCCCUGUGGAGCACUGAUGGCAUUCCAAUAUUGACUCAGAUUGGCUCCCACAGCCCACCAUCCCUGCAUCCCCAGGGGGAGCAAAAUAGCGGAGGCAUGUGCCCCCAGCGAUGUUGGCUGCAGGGGAGAACAUGUUUUAUGUUUUUAUGCAGUAAUGGGGAAUGAACCCAGCCGAAUGUUUAGGUUUGAAAAUCCAAACCCUGAGUGGCGGUUGAACACGCCUGUCAGUGGCACCUGUCCCCGGUUUAGGAGUAUUGGUCACAAGUAUCGAGAUUUCCAGGCUGUAAGGGUCUCAUCACCCAGGCACUGGAGGUGGAGACAGAAGAAUCAGGAGUUCAAGCCCAGCCUCCCCUACAUAGUCAUCAAGUAGCAAGAAAGAGGGGCAGGCAAGAUGGCUCAGUGGGUAAAGUCAGUUACCACCAAACCUAAAAGCUUUGAUUUGAUCCCCAAGCACUCCAAGGAGGAAGAGCAAUGCCUCCCAAAAGCUAUCCUCUGCACGUACGCCACGACGCACUCAGACCCACAGAUAAAAUGUGCGAGUUUUGUUUGCUCUUAGUAAAAACCUGAACCUGGUGCCUCUCUAUUGUAACUCCAUCACUCAAGACUGAGGCAGGAGGAUGGCCUUGAGUUUGAGGUCAGCCUGGAAUACAGAAACCCCAGUCUGAAAAACAAAAGCGAAACAGAUGACGGGACCCAAAAGAUGGCACUGAUGCUCUGCCUGCUCUUGCAGAAGACCUGCGUUUGGUUCCCAGCAGCUGGACAGGUGGCUCACAGCGCUGUGACUCCUCCGGGGUUCCAGUGGCUUCCCCAGACACUGAACUCUCACAGACACAAAAUUAAAAGUAAACUUGAAAAAUACCGAGAGACAGUGGAGGCCCUGACAGCUUCCUGAACGUUCCUCCCUCCACUGCUGUGGGAAGCACAUGUGGGGUGUGUCAGGGACCUGCACUGGGACGUGGCUCACCGUGGCCAAGUUCCCUGUCACACUGGGGCUCAAGAGUUCACAUUCUAGCUUGCUUUGGGGGGCUUUCACAGAACAUAGAAAGCUGGGUUGGGGGGGUAACUCUUUUUUCCCCCUUUGGUUCUUUGAGACAGGGUUUCUCUGUGUAAAAGCCUUGGCUGUACUGGAACUAGCUUUUGUAGACCAGGCUGGCUUCGAACUCACAAAUAUUCCACCUGCCUCUGCUCCCAAGUACUGGGAUUAAAGGCCUGUACCACCACUUCACGGCAACUUAUUUUUCUUUUAAGAGGUUUAACCAGUGCCGGUGGCUUGAGGCUCUUCUUGGGGUCCUGCCCAGGGAGGCUGCAGCCCCACCAUGUGAAGUGGUUCCCUUUGGCCUGCCUGGGGCCCUGGCUGUUCAUGGAGCCAUCACUAUCUCAUGGAGGGGGCUCGUCUGCCCUCCCGACCUCCUCAUCCAGUGUGCCUUCUCUUUACCCCAGAGCUGCUGCUGAGUCCCCAGCUUGGUGUCUGGGACCCCAGGAGAAAGUGGCCUGCCAGGCCAUAUUCCCGGAGACCUCACACUUUUUACCCAGAAACCAAUAAAGUUGUUCAAAUAUGUCA